UCUCCCAGGUAAGGAGAGACUUUCCUACCGACCAGACGAUGACGGAGAGGGUGACGCAGGAAAGAUCCGAUGGAAUAGCAGUGCGCACAUUUCCGUCAAGCCGCCAGGGUCCCACUCAGACGCUAUAAAUGAAAGAGCAUCAUCAACCCCCUUGGACCAUCGGACUCGGAGCAAAACACAAUAGAGGAGCAGAGCAGAGCACAGUGAGCUAGUAGCAGAGGCCACACUAGCGUUGAGAUGGCGCGCGAGGCGGAGAAGGACGCGGCGGCGGCGGCGGAGAUCCCGCUGCUGACGCCGUACAAGAUGGGGCGGUUCGAGCUCUCCCACCGUGUGGUGCUCGCGCCGCUCACGCGGAACCGCUCCUACGGCAACGUGCCGCGGCCGCACGCGGUGCUGUACUACACGCAGCGCGCCACCAGCGGCGGCCUCCUCGUCACGGAGGCCACCGGCGUCUCCGACACCGCGCAGGGCUACCCGGACACCCCCGGCAUCUGGACGCAGCAGCAGGUCGAGGCGUGGAAGCCCAUCGUCGACGCCGUCCACCGCAAGGGCGCCCUCUUCAUCUGCCAGCUCUGGCACGUCGGCAGGGUCUCCACCAACGAAUACCAACCUGACGGGCAGGCGCCCAUCUCAAGCACAGACAGGCAGAUCACACCGGACGAUUCAGGCAUCGUCUACUCGAAACCCCGACGGCUGAGGACGGAGGAGAUCCCUCAGAUCAUCGACGACUUCAGGCGAGCCGCGCGGAACGCCAUCGAGGCCGGGUUCGACGGCGUGGAGAUCCACGGCGCGCACGGCUACCUCCUGGAGCAGUUCAUGAAGGACAGCGCCAACGACCGCAGCGACGAGUACGGUGGCAGCCUCGAGAACCGGUGCCGCUUCGUUGUCGAGGUGAUCGACGCCAUCGUCGCCGAGGUUGGAGCGCACCGUGUGGGGAUCAGGCUGUCACCGUUCAUCGACUAUAUGGACUGCGUCGACUCCGACCCGGUGGCUCUCGGCUCGUACAUGGUGCAGCAGCUCAACAAGCACCCGGGGUUUCUCUACUGCCACAUGGUGGAGCCAAGAAUGGCCAUCGUGGAAGGACGCAGGAAGAUCACCCAUGGCCUCCUGCCAUUCCGGAAGCUGUUCAAUGGCACUUUCAUCGCUGCCGGAGGAUACGAUCGGGAGGAAGGAAACAAGGUGAUAGCCGAUGGAUAUGCUGACCUCGUCGCCUACGGGAGGCACUUCUUGGCCAAUCCGGACUUGCCCAAGAGGUUCGCGAUCAACGCACCAUUGAACAAGUAUAAUAGGUCCACCUUUUACAUACAGGAUCCUGUUGUUGGCUACACGGACUAUCCUUUCCUUGAUGAGAAAGACGAGGGCGCUGCUACUUAUGCUUAAUCCUCAAUUAAAUUGUCAAAUUGAAAUGUUCGGUUUAGUAAUGUGCACUAUAUUUGUGAUACACUCAUAAGUGACCCUCACUUCCAUCCAUCCCCCUUUUUUUUUUAUGUUUGCGUAUAUCAAUUUUUUGCACCUCGAGGUGAAUUUUGUUUACGUAGGUAUGUAACCAUGGGCAUGAUGGGCUGUUGUCAAGCCUGUUGUGGU